GUUGGCUGAUUGGUGGAAAGGGGGUCUGGUGGUGUGACGUAGGGAAGGGUGAGGCCACCCGGAAAUCACAAGACUUCUACUGAGUGUGCGAAGAGAGGAGCUGUCACCAUGUCGCUGGGUCACAUCGCACUGCUGCUGGCACUGACCGUCUUCACUGUCACUCUUGGGGAGCCGCUGGUGUACAAGGACUGUGGCGCUGAGAAGGGGAAGCUGCUGACGGUGGACGUGUCUCCAUGUCCCAAGCAACCAUGUCCUCUAGUAAAAGGCAGCAGCUACACCAUCAAUGUCACCUUCGCCAGCGGUGAGGCAUCUCCAACCUGCAAAGCUGUAGUCUACGGUUAUUUGUUAGGAGUGCCUAUACCCUUCCCUCUGCCAGAAUCAGACGGGUGUAAGAGUGGCAUAGCCUGCCCUCUGAACGAAGGCACAACCUACACGUACAUCACCAAGUUGCCCAUCAAGGCCGAGUACCCCGAUAUGAAGCUGGUCGUUCAAUGGGAGUUGCGUGAUGCAGAUGGCAAGAACCUGUUCUGCUGGAAAAUCCCAGUCCAGAUCGUGGACGGCUGAACCCAACCCAAGUCUUUGAUAUUGGCGUCAUUUGCUGUCUUUUAACCCUCUAAUGUCUGUCUAGGAUCUGCUUCCUUCUGACUGCUGUGCAGUUGUAACAAUUCACACUCAUAAAUCCAUUGAAGAAUGUUUGUGUUUGCAAAUUUUUAUUGAAAAAGAAAUUUUUUAAAUUGAUACUCUGCUGAUUUAACACUUGUUUCAGGAGUUGUUACUGACGUUUAAAGCCAAUAAAGUAUUAUCUCAGCUA